UGCGCCGUCAAGGUCGUUUGGUUCAUUGAUAUGGUUUCCCACUGCAAUGUUCUCUUCAAGAAAGGUUUUGUAGCUAAUGAGAUUUCAGUGAUUAGGAUCCGAUAACAGAUUUGUGGGACACAUUUUCUUUUACUGAACGUUACCGCCACGUACAAGCCCUCUAUGCAAUAGCAUGAGGGUUGCUAAACAGUGUGAAGAAUGAGAACUAUGAUUUGCAGUUGGUUAGGGUUAGGACCUAGAUCUAGGGUUUUCAUCACGAGAUGAUGUCAUCUAAAAUGUCGAAGCUUUAUUUAACCAAAUGGAUGAAUCAAUGUCGCACGAAAAUCCGAGUCUUGUUAUCUAAUGUCUAAUUGGUUUGUCCAUAAAUUAUAGUCUCAUCGCAUUAAAUGCGCUCUUCACAAGCUAAAUCUAAAAAGAUCGAUGUUCUUUCGGAAAGUAUACAUUUUCGGAAUCAUGCUAUUUUCACUCCCUCCUUUCUAUGCUGUUCCACUGUCUUUCAAAGAUCAAAAUGCUGGUUCAUUGUUGGUACAUCACUUACUGUUCGUCAGUACUGGAGAAAGUUGAAGGAGAACUGUUUUACGUCUUUAUAACCAAAAAUUUUGGUGCACUCAGAAAUAAGGAGGAUUUUUGUUUCAACAAUCACUUCCGUGCAUCGGUUAGUAAAGUGAACAGGUAAAACUCUUAUAAAGCACCGAUUUAUUUUCCAUUUGAGCCUCAUUGCAGGAAGUCAAAUCAUAAAGGCCAUACAUUACACUUUCUCAAGCUACUCAUUCACAGGAAAAUUUUGGAGAUACUGCAUUGGACACAUUAAGAAAACAAAAUCGACAGUAUUUUCAGCAUAACACCAACGAUUCAGAAGAAGUUAUGGGACAUAUGUACUAGUUCUUUGUGGUUUCCUCUUACCUAUUACGUGGACUUAUUAAACCUGACUUUUAAGCUCCUACGGGGUCUAAAGAACUAGACAACUCAUGGGGUGGUGCUUUCAGGGCGUUUGUUUUCGAAUGCUAAUAACCUACGAAUAUAUUCAAUCCUCGAAGACUACAUGUUACAGCCAUAAAUUAGCAUAGAACAAACUGCUGAUCAUUAAGAUUUUUUAGGAUUUUCCGUGUGUUCUAAUUUGCAGUUCGAUAGUGAAUUCAAAAAGAUUUUCUUACGGACUGUAAUGUUUUGGAUGUCUUAACAGGUAUGAUAAAAUACUCAAAGUAUGUCGCAACUUGCACUUAACAUUUAGAAGUUGACUCCAAUCGGGAUAUAAAUAAGGCAUGUUUUAGAUGAUUUUAUCGUUUCUCUCUGAAGCGAUACAUUAGAUACUGUGGUUGAGUAACGUAUUGAGAUUUCCUUCAUAUCAAAGUAAACCAGUCUAAAUAGGACUAAAGAUUUAAGGAGUAUUCGGGACUAUCAUCUUAGUGGCUAAGAAUUGUUGUUACGUGAUACUUAAGCUCAGCCUAUAUAUCUUCGUGACUGUACUGGAUAUUGUGGUUUUUUGUUAUGUGACCUGAAGAAUUGUUUCAAAACCUGUCACGCAGUUGCUUCAAGCAUUUGUAAAGAACACUUCUUACCUUGCUCUUUCGUAUGGUACUCGUAUUUUUGCUGUCUUUUCUUCUAUUUCUACAUUUAACGUCAUACAACUUUUGUCUCUACCUAAAUUAUUUGAUUAAUCUAAACGACUCCACCAUAAUCAGCAAAGCGAAUCAAUGUAGGGGGCUUUAGGUCACUAUAUUAUGGUAGGAUAUAUUUUACUUUCUCUUUGUAGUUUCCAAACUUACCUCCUUUUGUUGUUUUCAUAAUAGGAUGGAUGUUCAUUGUGAAAUGAAUCAAGAAGUCGAUUCCAAUUAUCCAAAUUCGUACUCUAAAGAAGUUGAGGAAGCGCUUUCCCGGCUUAAUUUAAAAUCAGACAGUUUAGAUGAUCCUGAUUUUAAUGUUAUUUCUUAUAUUAAUGAGAGAUUUCCCAGCGAACAGUCACUGGCAAAUAUAGAUGAGUUGAUAGCUGAAGCGGAAGGAAAAAUUCGCGAACUAGACGAUGAGACUAGAGACCUACUACGUGGUCGCUGGCAAACAGAGGAUAAAGGACAAGAGAUUGUUCAGGAUGCAAAGGAUAUGAUAAAAGUACUAUUCUCUAGAAUUUUCAGUAAAAAAGUCAUUGUGCACUUCAUCUUAUAGAAUACAGGAUGUUCAAGAUCGAGCUACUAGAUCAGAAGAAAUGGUACAAGACAUCACUCGGGAUAUACAGCAACUUGAUCAAGCUAAGCGUAACCUAACUAUUUCCAUAACUGCCCUCAAUAAUUUAAUUCUUAUCGUGAACACCAUUGAUCGUCUGAACGAAUUACUUGGAAUACAAAGUUCAGUGGAUGAUCCAAUGUUUUUUGCGAAGAGCAAUGACACAAAUGCCAGUGCUCAGAAUCCAUUUUUAGGAGUUGACUCUGAAUCCUGGAUGAAUGAAAACCAUCCACCUGAAAAAACAAAGUUUCAAAGAUUUGUACCGUCCUUUUUGGCCGAAAUAUCAAAUUUAUUAGCUCAAGUUCAACGCUUAUUACAACCUAUGCUGUCAGCCUAUGGUUCAGUGUCAUCUGUGGCUGGAUUAUCUCGAGAAUUGGAUUCCAUUCAUUCAGUCCUUGCAGAUCGUUUGACUAAGGAACUCAAACUGUUACUAGCAGCUACUCGAACAGUUACAGAUAACAAGGAACUGAUUUUAUCAGCCUGUGAACUAGUUGACUUACUCCCUAAGAGUUUUCAUCUCGAUUCGGAUAUUGUAAAUUGGUUUAUUUCUCAUCAUCUAACUGAGUAUAAGGAGCUAUUCGAUCCAACACAGACUACUGCUUGGUUGGAUAAAAUCGAUCAGCGAUACAACUGGUUAAGAAUUAAUUUGGUCCCCUUAGAACGUUUAUUUAUUUCAGUGUUUCCUCCCUCUUGGCUGGUGACUGAAAGAUUUGUUUUGGAGUUUUGUCAUAUUACACGUGGUGGCUUAGAAACUGUUAUGAAACGGCGUCAGUCGGAACUUACCCAUAAUCUAAUUGUUUUCGCAUUGCAACGCACCUUAUCCUUCGAGGCCAGUUUGAAUAAAGCAUAUACGUCUGAAGCGCUAGAAGAAUUACAAUCUAUGAUAGUUAACGGUAAGAGUAUGGAGCGUUCAUCUAAUCCAUUUGAUGAUAAUGAGGAUGAGGAAGAUGGUUUAGAUGAUGCACAAUCUAAAAAUCCUGCAGAGGCUAAGGAUGAUUCAUCAACAAAUGAUUCUAAACACAAUUGGAAAAAGCAGAUUUUUGAUGGAAUUAUAUCUGGCUGUUUCGACCAAUUCUUUGACCUCUAUUUGGUUCAUUUGGAUAAAGGUCUGAGAGAACAAAUGACAAAUCGUUUGAUUGGUGAUUUCACUGUUAAUAAAUCAAGUUUUGAGAACAGGGAUCUUGGAGAUGUAUUCAGAGAUGGUAACAUGUUACAAAUUGGUGAAAUAUUACUCAUAUUUGUCUACUUUAUUAUUAAGUUGUAUGGAUAGUUUUUUUGAAAUGCUUGCAUAUUCUCUGCAACUUAAUUUCGAAAUUCUCACUUCGAAAGACAAUCCAUUUGACACUGUACAAAUCAAACCAAAUCCCAAUGACCCUGGCGAGAAUACUCUAUAUUCUGCUACAGAUUUAUUCUUGUUCUAUAAACAAAUCUUAAAACAAACUCUCCAGUUGAAUCGGGGUCAUGGUUUGUUAGGACUUGUUCGUCUUUUAAGGCAGUAUUUGUCUGAAUACACGGUUCGUGUGCUCUUGGCUCAAAUUCCAGGCUUAGCGAUUACCAAUACUAGUGGAACUAACGUUGGUUUAUCUGCACCGGAUGUUGCAGCGAAAAUGGCGGCAUUCGGUUUAAGCAGUCUCUCAGCUCUUGGACUUGGUCGUGGUCAAACGGGACUCGGUGCAGCUCUAGAAAAUAUUAGGACACAAACAAAAAACAGUUCUGCGCAAUCUGAUCUGAUAAGUUCAUCAAGCAACCAGGUGAUUAACAAUUUACUUCGUGAUGAUGUACAAGGAGUUCGACUGAGUAAGGAUGAUGUCUACAAGGUGUGUGUCAUACUUGUUACAGCAGCAUUUUGUCUGAAGACUGUUGAAGAUUUAGAGAAGCGUCUAAAACAUGAAAUCAGACCACCUAGCUGGGGUUCAAAAAUAUCAUUUGCUUCUGAACUUGAUGGUUUAGCAACUUGUAGAUCUGUUUGUGUCCACCGCCUGGUUGCAGACUUGGAAGCUGGUGUUGAACCGCAGCUAGUCUCUAUGGCACGUUUACCUUGGAAUAAUCUUGUACAAGUUGGGGACCAAAGCGCCUAUGUUACAGCCAUUGUAAAUCAUCUUCGCACUCAAAUCCCACUGAUACGAGAAACAUUGUACACCGUCAGGCCAGCUUUUACUCAAAUAUGUAUAAAAUUUGCUGAUGCAUUAAUUGCGAGAUUCGUUAAUGCCUUAUAUCGUUGCAAACCGGUCAAUACUUUUGGAGCUGAACAGCUUUUAUUGGAUACUCAAUCGUUAAAGGCUUCUCUUCUUCAAAUGCCUCUUCUUGGAGCUAAGUUUACUCAGACACCUCCACGAAGCUUUACAAAUCUAGUUCAUGAAGGUAUGGGGAAGGCGGAACGUAUAAUCAAAGCAGUUAUGUUACCAGUCGGUGUCGCUACGCCAGGAAAGCAAGAGUCAACAACUCCUCCAAGCGGAUUUGUAAUGGGUCCAGUUGAUACAAAUGCAGCUAAUGUAUUUUUAGCUAGUUACAAACAAUUAUUACCUGAUCUAACUCAAACUGAUCUACAAAAUGUUUUGGAUAUGAAAGGUGUGAAAUUCAGUGAACAACAGUUGAUUUUAGAAAUAUUUCGUAGUAGAAAUGAAUUUAAGUCAGCGAUGAAAGAAAAAACACCUGAAGUAACGUUAUUUUGUUCUGUUGCAGAUACUGCUAUCACUGCUAGCACUUUUGUUAGUACUGCAAUUAGUAACGUAGCUUUGACAGGGAUAACGACAGUUACCGCGACCACCACUGCUCUUACGAGUUCCUUUGUAGCUACACCGAACUCUCCAAGUAAUCAGCAUCAAAAAUCGAAGCAGUCUGUGUCGAUCUCAAUGAAUCCAUUCGAUCCAUCUUCACCAGUAGAAGAGCGGGAGCAAAUAACAGAUAGGAAAGGAAAAAUAGAAAAGUUAUUGAAUAAAAGACGAUAAGAAUAUUACCGAAUUGUAAUUUUUGAAUGUUAAUUUUAAUGAAUAAUUAGUAUCUUCAUUGUUGCUUUAACUUCGUUUAUUUUUUUCUCAACCCGGUCAAGUUUAUUCUAUUCCUUCUCCGUUUUGCUAUGUUAAAACUUUCGCUUGUCAAAGUAACUUUUCUGUUGGUGUGUAUAAUUAACAUUUCUCUCUCUCUCUCUCCAUAUAUAUGCAUGAUUUAUUCAUACUACUAUAAUAAUAUACUACUAUUAUUGCCGGUUUAAAAACGUUGUACUUGGAUGUUUUUUUAUAUCUUACUUCCUUUUAUCAAUUGUUUUAUUACUUACUAGCUAUAUUGUGAUAAAAUGUUUGUAGGAAACUUUCUCUGUAUUUCUGUUUCUGUAACCUUAUGGUAUGAAUUGAAAUACCAGUUUGUUUUCUGACAAUUUUCUCAAGAAUAGCAUGAUACAUAUCUACUUAGUGCAUCAGUUUUUAUGGUACUGUUAAAUUGGUUACUAAUGUUUAUUUUACUGUGCUAAAUAAAAACCAACAUUAAAAGGUGA